AAGUAACCCUGUAUAUGCCGCCAAUAUGCCAAUGAGCUUUGCUGCAAGAGUGAGCUGCUACUGCUAGACAUGAUGACUUUGAAUCAGCUGAAGACAGAAGAUGUUAAAAUCAGACAUGAAUAGUGAUGGCAGCAAACAGCGUUUUGUGUCGACCUUUAAAAUGCGCAUCAAGGCCCCCGGUCCAUCACCUGCAUCUGAGAACGGGCCAGGAGUUGUCGGCACAAGGACCUCAGUAAAAUGUACUGAUGCAGGGUCUAAACAUCUGGAUCCACCUGUCUUCAUACAGCCUCUGGAGGACUGCUGUGUAGAUGAAGGGACUGACAUUAGGUUACGUGGAGUUCUCAAAGGAAGUCGACCGAUCAAAAUAUCGUGGCUGCACAAUGGUGAAGUGGCCCGUUUCGGGAAGGCUUCCUUCAAUGGCAGGGAGGCCAGUUUUGUUGUGAGGGAGUGCUUACCAGAAGACGCCGGUGCCUACACCUGCUUGGCAGAAAGCAGCGCAGGGAAGACAUCUUGCAGUGCUGCUGUGGUUGUAAGAGACUUUGAAAGUAUCUGUGGCGUGCAGAAUCGCGCUUUAAAGACUCCCACUUCUCCAUCCAAAAGUGUAAUGGGAAAUGGAACGUUACCGCAGACUCCAAAAGAUGAGCUACACAAAUUCAAAGGAUCUAUUUGUAUGUCUCCUACAGGCUCUGAUAGGCAGAGCCCAGUCUCAUCUCCAAAAGAAGUCGUCCCAAAGAAGCGAGCCAACUCAAGGAUAGGCCGAUCGUUAUGUUUUGAAAACCCACCGCAGCACGUGGAGGUGAAGGUGGGACAAACCGCCAGGCUGACGUGUAGUUUUACUGGAAGCCCUCCUGUAGCAUCUUGUUGGAUCAGAAACAAAGAACAGAUAGUGGACGGCCUAGAGCUAAGGACAGAAAAUACUAAUCGGAGUAGUACGCUGGUUAUAGAAGAGGCUAAACCCCAGCACACAGGUCGCUACACCAUUGUAGUAAAAGACCGAAAGAGCUCAGCAGAACACACAAUCACCCUUUCUGUUAUAGAGAGACCACAACCUCCUGCCUCCAGUCCAGUGAUCUCCCUUGUCUCCUCAUCCAGUCUUGUGCUAUCCUGGUCAGGCCCCUGCUAUGAUGGCGGCAGUGCCAUCCUUGGUUAUGUCGUUGAAGUAAAUAACCAAGGAAGUGCUGAGCCUGAGGUUUGGAGAGAGCUAACAAGCGAGUGUAAGAGUACCUCAUACAAAGUUUGUUCUGGGCUUCAGCCACAACAGGAACACUGCUUCAGAGUAAAGGCCUAUAACGUAGUAGGACUAAGCGAGCCAGGCCCAGUGUCACCAGUGGUGAGAAUGGAGGAAAGAGACAAGAUAAAAGAAGAAGAAGCCCCUCAGAUGUAUACCACUGUGUCUGUUGACUCUUCCCACAAAGUUACGGAACACUACGAUAUGCAGGAGAAACUUGGAAUGGGAAAAUUUGGGAUGGUGUACAAGCUCAUCCACAAAGAGACAGGACGUGUGUGCGCUGGGAAGUUCUACAAAGGACGCCGUGCCAAGGAGAGGGAAGCCGCUCGUAAGGAAAUAGAGCUGAUGAAUUACCUCCACCACCCCAAACUGGUUCAGUGUCUGGCAGCAUAUGAUCACAAGUCUGAAAUGGUCAUGGUGAUGGAGUUUAUUGCAGGUGGCGAACUCUUUGAACGUAUUGUGGAUGACAACUUUGAGCACACGGAGCCUUCAAGUGUGCACUACAUGCAGCAGAUCCUGGAGGGGAUUGCCUACAUGCAUCAGCAAAACAUUAUCCAUCUGGACCUCAAACCUGAAAACAUCGUAUGUGUUGACACCACAGGCACCUCCAUAAAGAUCAUCGACUUUGGCUUAGCCAGUAGAAUAGAUCAAAACACACCUCUGAAAGUGAUGCACGGGACUCCAGAAUUUGUGGCCCCGGAAGUGAUCAACUAUGAGCCUGUGGGUUUGGGGACUGAUAUGUGGAGCAUUGGGGUGAUCUGCUACAUACUGCUCAGUGGGGAAUCUCCGUUCCAGGGAAACAGUGAUGCAGAGACCCUGGCCUUGGUCACAGCUGCUCAGUGGGAGUUUGACGAGGAGAGCUUUGACGAGAUAACAGAGGAGGCUAAAAAUUUCAUAAGCUCCCUGCUCAGCAAAGACCCGAGGCGUAGGAUGACCUGUGAACAGGCCCUUGCCCAUCCCUGGAUGGCUGCAUUUAAGUCUAAAGAGCUCACUCUCACCAAGAGUCUGUCCAAAGAGAAGAUGAAGAGGUUUUUGGCUAGACAGAAGUGGAAGAAAGCUGGCAAGGCCAUGUUAGCACUGAAGAGAAUGGCUCUGCUCUCUAAGGCGGAAGGCUCUGCAUCUCCUACAACUCCUGGAGGAGAAUCACCCCUGAGCCCAGAGGCAGAGGAAGCGUUGACCUCCCUGGAGCUUAAGCUACAGGAACCCCCGGUGUUCACAAAGAGGUUGAAAGACCGGACUGUAACUCAGGGAUCCAGUGCCCGUCUCUCGUGUCACCUCACAGGUUACCCUGACCCGGAGGUGCUGUGGCUGUGUGGUGAUGAGCCUAUUGAGGAGUCCCCCACUGUGCAAAUAGAGUAUGAGGAAGAUGGCCAGUGUACGCUGGUUCUAGCCAAAGUUGGCCCAGAGGACGGCAAUGUGUAUACCUGUAGGGCCACUAAUGACCACGGGGAAGCAUUUUGCUCAGCCAAAUUAACUGUCCAAAAAUAGAUUCAUCAUAUCAUAGACCAGCUGUGUUGUACAUUGUUGUUUGUGGCUUCUGAUGAGUCAAAUAAAUAUUGUUACAGAGUUACGUGCAUAGAUUUAUAUUUUUAUGGCAUUCAGAUAUGGCUUCCACGCUGUGUUGAAAAUGAUGUUUUUACGUAAAACCAUGAAUCUGUCUGUUAUAUUGGCUCAUUGUGAAGAUUCCCCUUCAGCCCUAUCAGUUUGUAAUUGCGAUUUCCAUUCUGAAAAGCAGGCGGGUCUGAAAAUAUCCUGAUUAAUUUGCAUUGUGAACAUUCAAAUUGCAAUUCCAAAGCGUCCCAUUAAAAAAAACUUACAAUAAAUGUUAUUUAUAGCCUAAGCCUAAUUCAAUGCUUAGUGCCAAAGAGCUUUAUUUUUGUUUCUAAAUUAAACCACUCUUGCACAAAAUCUCAUGUUCUUUUAGUGAAAUGCACCUAGAUAGGUUUAUUUUGACAGGGUCCAACAUACUCCUACAUAGUACAUACACACCUCCUACUGUUGUAAAUACUGCAUUUCUUCACACACAAACAUUAGUAGACCAAAUAAACAGAUGGAAAUAUCCCCCGGUAAACACUAUCCUUAGUCUCAGCAUGCAGUUUGAUAUCUGAAAACAUAAAUGACAGUAACAGUUUUUGCUGUUUGUGUGAGUUAGCUCUGUGUUCGACCUCAGGAAAUGUGUCCAUAACAAAUAUAUUUUGUCAAAAUCUUUUUGUCUCUGUCUGCUGGUUGAAUUUCAAACAAUACCAUCAGGACCUUCAGCCCGACACUUCGGUAAAGCCAUCCACCUGCUUUACUAAAAUAUAGAGUAUUUGUGAAUUUAACUCGUGUUUGUCAUGGUUAUAUUUACUUGAUACCUGCCUCACAACCCAAAUAAACGGAUACCAAUGUA